AUGAUUGAGGAUAAUAAGAAGAUACCUAGCACUUAACACAAACGACCAACUGCUGCGGAACUUAUCUCAGAUCAAUCUUCCUCAGAUGGUGAUUCAAAACAUUAUAACUCUGCAAAGAAAGUCAAUAAUUCAAUGCAAGACAAAUUAGCACUCAGAGUAGAGAAAAAGAAAAAACGUGAUCAUAAAAAACUAGUGAAGCAAGCACUCAAGGAAAAGAUACUUUAGGAUACUCUGAGUAACGAUCAGAUUAGAUACGAGUAAAUAAAACCAAGCAAUAUAGAUUUAGAUCUGGACGAGAAUCUGAUAGACUCAGCUUUGAACAUCCUAAAUAAAUCUAACGAGCCAAAACUUGACUUUAAAGACCCUGAGACUUAGAUUAAAGAUUUUCAGAAGAUAGUCAUACCAGGCACUAAUCUAAGUAUUUCUCAGAACAGGUAUAAAAAUGAAGAGAUUUUUGCAUUUGGUGGAUUCAUGGAUAAAGACAUUCCAAUUUACAAAAGAGUAAGCAGUUGCCGAUAAAUCAUAGGAUUAGAGCAUGAAAGAAGACUAAGUGCUCAAAUUCUGAUCGAUUUAAAUGAGAGAUUAGGCUAUUAUAACAAUAGAAUACUUAAGAGGAUUGCUAAGGAUAAGAAGAGAGAAGGUAAAAUGAGGUUUUACUAGGAUAUGGAUAGUGUAUUUGAUGACAGUGUAAAGGUUUAAACUGAUGCUCACAAAGUUAAGCAAACUGAAUUUGAGUUAAAAAAUCAGGUUGAUUUUAUAUCUAUCCCGCAGGAAAUACAAAAUAUGGAAAAAUCUGAAUAGAUUUCUGAGGAAAAGCAAUAAAUGGAAGAUUACCUGUCUGGCAAUUUGAAGAUCAACUAUAAUUAAGAUAAAUCGAUAAAUCAGAAAGAUAUGAAAUCUGUGAGCAGCUUAAUGAAUAGAAUCACUAGAAAUAAGCAGGAUAUCAUGGCUUACAUAGAAUAAAAAUACUCUUAACCUUCAUCUUAGAAUGAAUGUUUAUCAGUCUAACAAUUAGGAUCAAAUAGGACAUUAAAAGAAUCAGAUAAUAGAUGCAAUUAAAAUACUGAAAAUAAGCAGGCUGGCUAUCCAGAAAGAGCUUUUAAGACUUAUCAGGUUUUGAUUGAAUUCAAAUUAUCUAGAUUACUUAAUAUUGAAACAAGUGAUUAUGAAUAUUUUUGUGGGAAGGAGUAUCCUCAUAUUGGUGAGAUGUUAGGCUUUAAUGGAUAUCCUGAUUUUAUUAAAUUAGCAGAGCAAGGAAAGUAGGACACAAUUUUGGAAAAUAUGCUACCAAACAUAAUUAAAGAGGAUGAUAAAAUCGUCAGUAUUUAGGAAGACAUAUAAAUUUCUGAAAUUAAAGCUGAGAAUAAUGAAAUUGCUGUGCUAAAAUAAUGGAUUUAAAAUGAAAAGCUUUAGUACUUUAGUCUAAGGCCAAGAAAGACUUAUUUAGAUGAGGAUUUUAUACAAAUAAAUCCUGAAAGCAUAGUUUUCUAUGAUGAUGUUAAAGAAAUAAUAGAUAUGAUCGAUAUUAAGGAUUACUUUCAACUAAAUAGGAUACUGCUGAGUUUAAAUAAAUUUCUAGAGAUUCCAUUAAUAGAUACACUUAAUUGUACCACUUAUUAGAAAAAAUAACACUAACUAAUGAGUAGCCAAUUCGAAGAUUUAAAAUUAGAUCAAGAGAUAGUUAUCUACCCUGGAUUUCAUCAAUACUUUAAUUUUGAUAAGCAUAUUCCUAUACUAAUUGGAUCAGAAUUAAUUAAAGAAGGCUCAAUAGUAAUUCAAUAUGAGAAAUAUUUAAAUAAAGAUUACUAAGUUAGUAUUGUUCAGCUACUUAGUUCAUUCAAUGAAAUGGAGAGAUUCAAUAAGAAUGAAAUCAAUAAAAAAUUUAAGAGUUAAAUCCUCGUUGAGAUUAGCACUUUGUUCAAGAUUUAACUGUAAUUGACAUUAUAUUAAUAGCAAGAUCAGCUUAAUCAAAUUAUAUCUACUCAAGAAGUAAUUCUAUAAAUGAAUGAGAAUAACCAAAAGAUUUCAAAUGGGUAAUAAUCAUAGAGAUGCUAGUAUUGCUAGUAAACACAUCAAGGUGAUAACUUUGCGAAUUGUAUGAAAUAAAAUGGACUGUACUCAAAGACUGUUAUUAAGAGUUUUUUGAGUUACGAGAUUGAUAAAAUGUCCGCUAAUAAGGAUAUGAAAUUCAACAGGCUCGAAAGAAUUCUGAGGAUAUUUAAACUAUACUGGUCCAGUAUGAAACCUGUCAAUGCGAUCAAAGAAUUAUUAGAAGCUCAAAUUAAGACCAAAAAUGUCCAAUUACUUAAUGAUUAAAAUUCUAGAUUGAUACUUGAAGAUGUUGAGGAAAUAUAAAUGAUAUGGAAAUCAUCUAAGUUUAAGGAUAUCAUUAUGGAAAAGGAGUUAGAAUCUAUGAGAGAUCUUUAUAUUCAAAAAGGUUUAAGAAUAAACCAGAGUGGUCUAAUUGAUGAUAUUCCAAUACCAAGCACAAAUUAAAUCUAGUCAGACCAUUAAAAUGUUAAUUAAUGA